AUGGCGUUGGUGUUCUCUGCAAGAGCACGAAUGCUAUGGGGCCACGCGCCGCGUGUGAGGUCAGCGAAGGCCUUCCGGCGCGGCCUUGCCUCAGUGGCAGACCUGCCGGUCGAUAGAAGUCCUCCGGCCGACGUCGUAGUCAUAGGUGGCGGCCAUGCAGGCUGCGAGGCUUCGGCGGCGGCGGCUCGAACAGGUGCUCGAACGACCCUGGUCACGCCUUCAUACGAGAAUCUUGGAGUGUGCAGCUGUAACCCUUCAUUCGGCGGCAUUGGCAAAGGAACGAUGAUGCGCGAGAUUGACGCCCUGGAUGGCUUAGUCGGACGCAUUACAGAUGAAGCUGGCGUACAGUUCCGAAUGUUGAACCGCAAAAAGGGCCCUGCGGUCUGGGGACCACGAGCGCAGAUUGAUCGAGCGUUAUACAAGAAGCACAUGCGCGAAGAGAUGAUGAAUUAUCGUGGGCUGCAGGUGAAGGAGGGCAAGGUCGCGGAUAUCAUCGUCGAUCGAUCGCCGGCUGCAAUGGACGAGGGCAAGCAUGGAAAGAUUACGGGCGUGCGGUUGGAGUCUGGAGAGGUCAUUGAUACAAAAAACGUCGUAAUCACGACGGGGACAUUUCUGGGUGGAGAGAUUCACAUCGGAUUAGAUGUCUUCCCUUCUGGACGCAUGGGCGAGGCCGCCACUGUGGGCCUUUCGAAGUCACUGAGGGAAGCUGGUUUCAAGCUUGGCAGACUCAAGACUGGCACGCCACCCAGGCUAGACAAGACGACGAUAGCCUUCUCCAAACUACAACUCCAACCGGGUGACGAUCCGCCGGUUCCUUUCUCCUAUCUGAACGAGAGAGUGGCGGUUGACCAACAGCUUGAUUGCUUCAGCACGUUCACAAAUCCUGCAGCACACGACAUCGUCCGGCAGAACCUCGACAAGAGCAUACACAUCCGGGAGUCUGUCAAGGGGCCAAGAUACUGCCCUUCACUGGAAAGCAAGAUUCUGCGCUUUGCUUCGAAGGAACAGCAUCUCAUAUGGCUGGAGCCGGAAGGCUUUGACAAUGAUGUGAUAUAUCCAAAUGGCAUCAGUAUGACUGUUCCAGCAGAUGCACAGGAAGCCAUGCUGAAGACCAUCGUCGGCCUUGAAGACGUGAGGAUGCUCCAGCCAGGAUACGGCGUUGAAUACGACUACGUGGACCCUCGCAGCUUGAAGAGCACCUUGGAGACGAAGGCCAUAAGCGGACUCUUCCUCGCCGGCCAGAUCAACGGCACCACUGGAUAUGAGGAAGCAGCUGCGCAAGGUAUCUUGGCUGGCAUCAAUGCUGGCAACUCUGCUGUUGGCCGCCUGCCGUUUACAAUGUCGCGAGCGGACAGCUACAUCGGUAUUAUGAUUGACGAUCUGGUCACCAAAGGCGUGAGCGAGCCAUACCGCAUGUUCACGUCACGGUCAGAGUAUCGCAUGUCCGCUCGAGCGGACAACGCGGACCUGCGGCUUACAGCCAAAGGCAGGGAGGCUGGAGUCGUCGGCGACAAGCGAUGGUCUGCCUUCGGCGACGAGAAGGCGCAGCUGGAUGAGCUUCGUGCGAUGCUUGAAAGCAAGAAACUCAGCUCGCACGCUUGGAUUGAGCAAGGCUUCACCGUGCGCGAGGACAGCUCAAAGCGCUCUGCGUUUGACCUGUUGCGGCAUGCGGACAUCACCACCGCAUCGCUGGUCUCGGUCGUUCCCGAAGUCGCCAGAUACUCUGGUCGUGUCCAAGCUCGAAUGAACAUCGAAGGCACAUACGCACCCUACAUCACGCAGCAAGAAGCUUCAGCCGCAGCCUUCGCUCGGGACGAGACGCUGUUGCUACCAGCAGACCUGGACUACCAAUCCAUCUUCGGCCUGAGCAUGGAGGAGAAAAAGGUCCUGAGCGACACGCGUCCAGAGUCCGUCGGCCAGGCAAGGCGAGUCGAAGGAGUCACUCCGGCUGGUGCUCUGCGAUUGCUCGCUCAUGUGAAGAGCGAAUGGCGGCGCUCGCAGAAAGAUAGAGUUUUUAAGGAUACGUUUGAGGCUCAGCCGCCUGGGAGAGAGGCUGAGGCCUUGGCGUGA